AUGGUGAGGAAACAUGGUUGGCAACUUCCUGCUCACAAAUUUCAGGUGGUUGCGAUUACGGUGUUCUGCUUGUUGAGUGUUGCAUACUAUGCGUUUUUUGCUCCUUUUGUUAGAGGACGCAUUUGGGAAUACAUUCUCAUUGGUGUUUACUCUCCUCUGGCUCUCAUUGUUUUCGUUCUUUAUGUUCGGUGUACUGCAAUCAAUCCUGCAGAUCCAGGAAUCAUGUCAAAAUUCGAGAGAGGCGCAAAUAGAGGUGACAUGGGACAUGACUUACCUGCCAAAGAUAUCUCGAGAAAAUUUGAUGAAAUGGGCAGCCAUCUGCAGUCUUCUCCUUCAGUUGCCUCCAGGACUUCUACCUUAGCAGCAAACUCUAGCGUGAAAGGUUCUGUAGGGGAGGCUCAAAGAACGGAAACUGUUCGAAGAAAGUCUUGCUAUAAUCCUUUGGCAAUCUUCUGUGGCUUGUUUGUUUAUGAAGAUUGUCGCAAGAAAGAAGAGACGGAUGAACAACAGGGGGACAGGGAAGAAGCUCUGUUUUGCACGUUGUGCAAUGCUGAGGUCCGUAAGUUUAGCAAGCAUUGUCGAAGUUGCGACAAAUGUGUAGAUUGUUUCGAUCAUCAUUGCCGGUGGCUUAACAAUUGCGUCGGUCGCAAGAAUUAUGUGACUUUUAUAUCCCUGAUGGCUGUCAGUCUUCUCUGGCUCCUUGUUGAAGUAGCAGUUGGAAUUGCAGUUAUAGUGCGUGUAUUUGUUAAUAAGAAAGACAUGGAAGCCGAAAUCGUCAAUAGACUCGGAAAUGGAUUUUCUCGGGCACCUUUUGCUACGGUUGUUAGUCUCUGCACUGCUGUUUCCAUUUUAGCAUUGUUUCCACUAGGUGAACUUUUCUUUUUCCACAUGCUCCUCAUUAAAAAGGGCAUUACAACUUACGAGUAUGUUGUGGCAAUGAGAGCAAUGAGCGAGGCGCCAGCUGGUGCUUCGAUUGAUGAGGAAAUGCCUAACGUGUUAUAUUCUCCCUCUGGAUCUGCCACCACGGGCUUUAGUGGUCGAAGCUCCCUUGGUCUACCAUACAAGGGAGCCUGGUGCACUCCUCCUAGAGUGUUUGUUAAUUAUCAGGAUGAAGUGAUUCCUCAUUUGGACCCUGGAAUGGUCCCAUCGAACAUAGAUCCAGAUGCAGCUGAAUCAGGCGAGAGGGGCAACAAGGUUCCGAAGAGACCUGUCAAAAUUAGUGCUUGGAGACUCGCAAAGCUGGAUUCAAAUGAAGCUGCAAAGGCAGCAGCUAGAGCCCGAGCAUCAUCAUCUGUUCUAAGACCAAUAGAAAACCGUCAUGCACAAGAUGAUGAACUUAGUUCGAGUGGCACUAUCAGUGUCAUCAGUAGUGUAAGCACAGAUGCAAAUGGGGCAGUGUUGAGUAAAGAGACAAGAAAUAACGAUCCAAGGUUGUCUCUAUCUAGAAACUCUCUUGGUCCAAGCCAAGGUAGCCGGGACGAGUAUGAGACAGAGACUCACAGUAUGAGCAGUUUCAGCAGUCCAAGUCAUGUUCACGAGGCCGUCACGCUUAGUCCUCUCCCUCAAUAUCAUACUGCUGGCCAGUGCUUCACUGCAGCGGCCUCAUCCAAUUCUACCCGACCACCUCUUAAUCCAGCAAUCAAUCAUAUGAUCCACUCAACCUUUGAUGAAAAGAUAAUGCAGAAAGGAAACAACGUUGAUUCAUUGCUUCUCCCUGCUGCUCCUGCAACUUCUCUUCUGAGAGAUGUGAGAAAAACAUCAGUUGUUUGGGACCAAGAAGCAGGUAGAUAUGUAUCAGUUCCUGUAACAACAACAUCUGAAGGAAGAACCAGAUUUUCCGCACAGAACCAGCCAAUUCCUAGCUCACACAUGGGUAACACUCAGAAUCCAAGACCUGUUGUUCUUCCGCCUCAAGAUUCUUCAUCUGGAAAUGCUCCUCCUCGUCCUCCGCAGCAAGGAGAGAGACUGAUGUAUACAGGUGACUCUAUCUUCUUUGGUGGUCCCUUGGUAAAUAUCCCAAACAGAGAUAGCUUAAGAAACGAAGGGGACUCAGGAAGAGAGGGACAAGAGAGGAUGACAUUGGCAUUGCCUCGGGAAGCUAGAUUCAGAAGGGACUCAACCUCGAACCAGCUUCCGGUGUUUGCUCCUGUGAGUACCCGUAAGUAA